AUGCAGCUGCAGUUCAAGAGCUGGAUGUUGGCUCUGCUCACCCUGCUUGUCGUCUUUCUCAUCUUCGCGGAUAUUUCGGAGGUCGAAGAAGAAAUCGGGAAUUCUGGAGGCAGAGGUACAAUCAGAUCAGCUGUGAACAGCUUACAUAGCAAAUCUAAUAGAGCUGAAGUCGUAAUAAAUGGCUCUUCAUCUCCAGCUGUUGUUGACAGAAGUAAUGAAACCGCAAAGCACAACAUUAAGCCAGCCCCAUCCACAUGGAGGCACAACCAGACCCUGUCUUUGAAGAUCAGGAAGCAAAUCUUAAAGUUCCUAGAUGCUGAAAAAGACAUAUCAGUGCUCAAGGGGACCCUGAAGCCUGGGGACAUCAUUCACUACAUCUUUGACCGAGCCAGCACCAUGAAUGUGUCACAGAACCUGUAUGAACUCCUGCCUAGAACUUCUCCCCUAAAGAACAAGCACUUCAGGACCUGUGCCAUUGUGGGCAACUCCGGGAUUCUGCUGAACAGUGGCUGUGGGCGCGAGAUAGACACUCACAGCUUUGUUAUAAGAUGCAACCUGGCACCUGUCCAGGAGUACGCCCAGGAUGUGGGGGUCAAGACAGACCUGGUGACCAUGAACCCCUCUGUCAUCCAGAGGGCCUUUGAGGACUUGGUCAAUGAGACCUGGAGGGAAAAACUUCUUCAACGCUUGCACAGCCUCAAUGGUAGCAUCCUGUGGAUUCCCGCUUUUAUGGCCAAAGGUGGCAAAGAGAGGGUAGAGUGGGUGAAUGAACUCAUCCUGAAGCACCACGUCAACGUGCGCACGGCCUACCCUUCCUUGCGCUUGCUACAUGCUGUCCGGGGGUACUGGCUGACAAACAAAGUACACAUCAAAAGACCCACCACAGGACUACUGAUGUAUACUCUGGCCACACGCUUUUGUAACACCAUCUACCUCUACGGCUUUUGGCCCUUUCCUCGAGAUCAGAAUCAGAACCCUGUCAAGUAUCACUAUUAUGACAGCCUUAAAUAUGGCUAUACAUCCCAGGCCAGCCCCCAUACCAUGCCCUUGGAGUUUAAAGCCCUAAAGACCUUGCACCAACAAGGGGCAUUGAAACUGACCGUCGGUGAGUGUGAUGGAGCCACGUAAAACAGGGGCCAAAGAGGAUUCCGUGGCUCACGUUUCCUGCAGGCUACACCACGGGCAGAUGGGGGUCGGGAGGCAAAAACAAUAGGACGAGCAGAGGCUAGUGGUUUUCUUUGUUAAAGUGUUAAACAGUGACAAGAAUAUAUAUACCUGCAUAUAUAUAUUGACCUGAGUAUUAUAACUGUGUGGUGUUCAUCCAGAGUACGGCAGACAAGUUACAGGAAGAAGGUGCUGAGGACUCACCCGAUCUGGAGACACCAUCUCUGGGAGUGAGAGGAUGGGACUCAAGAGGAAAUCAGUUCCAGCAGUGGAUAUGUGAUCGUCUCCUGGGUUAAAGGAUUCUGGGGGCUGAUGGAUGAUGGUUAUGCCAUUUGUUUUCAGCUGCUCUGAGCCUCUGAGAAAAGUGGAUUCUGGGGGACCCAGAACCCAGAGGUCGGCAGCUGGGAUCAGUGUUAAAAAUGAUACUGUUCAAGAAGCAGGGGAGGGAUAGGGGCACAACAGAAAGGUGGCGCAAGAAAUCAAGAAGCACAGGCUAGGGGCAUGUUAGUGGAUGGCUUUGGUGGAUUCACUGUAGGUGAAUUGCCCAAUAGACGAGCCCAUGGCCCCUCAAUGUGUCCCAGAUGGGACACUGAAACCAGCAAUGGACUUUGGCUUUCUAGCUUACAGAAACCAUGAUGCCAGCAUGAACACCACUGCUGGCUGAAGCAGAGGAAAAAAAAGAUAAUACUGAAAGUACUCUGGUCAUUCAAACCAGAUCAACUCAUGUUUACAAAAAAAAUCAAAAAUCAUCUGAGGUGAUCAGAACCACACUUGGGGCAAAGACAGAAGAGUGUCAAACAAUGCUUAGCCUUUUCUAAAUGUCCUUUCGAAUGGCAAAGAGAAAGAAGCCCUGGGAUUUGGGGGAGGGUUUAUUACAGACCUACAAAUGGCAUUGAGGGAAAGGGAGAGAAUAUUAUAAUCUGACCUCAUACUAGUCACCUUUUAAGUCUCUUUCUUGCUCCCCAAAGGGUUAAUUCACCUUCCUUCCUGUUAAAAGAUAAGGUCAGGAAUUGGACUGAAAGCUACCACAGCAAUGAAAUCCAAAGCCAAGGCUUGAAAGGGCACUGUCAAGAUAAAUGUCAUCGUGGUAAAAUAUAUAAGAUUGCCUUCCCUCACUGCGCACAAAGCCCCAGAGUGUGAAACCUGAAAGAAUCUUAGACAUCCAGUUUCACUUCCCAGCGCCAACACUGUGUUCUGCAGCUCGCUCUGUGUGGUCAAAGUAGCCGGCCCGCUCAGUUUCAAUGUCACUUUCUUGUCAGUUUCCUGUCCUGAUUGUCCAGUGGUAUAUAGCUUGGCUCUCUUGUUUAGCUUUCUGACUCUGCAAGGAGAGGUUUAA